AUGCCCGUCGCGACGCUGCCCCCCGUACCCCGCUGGGUUGUACCUUCGCCUACGAAAGAAGACCUCGACUGGGAACAACUUCCGGUUAUCGACUUCUCACAGGCAAGCACACCAGAGGGUCGUGCAGAGCUUGCGCCGCGCGUGCGAGACGUCAUGCGUACCGUGGGGUUCAUGUGCAUUGUAAAUCACGGAUUGACGCAGAGUCAGACAGCACGCAUGUUUGACAUCGGGGAUGUAGUGUUUAGUAAGGUUCCCGAGGAGGAGAAGCUCCAGUAUGCAUCGAAUCUCAAGGAGGACGCCACGAGGAUAGGAUACAAGCCCCGUCAGGUUUUUAUGACGGACAAUGGAGUUCGCGACCAACACGAGCAGUAUGCCGUACACCGCACAGUGUUUGACAGACAGAAGCAUCCGAAGGCACUAGAGCCGUUCCUUCCCGAGCUGCGCGCGUUCGCAGAGCACAACCAUUACAACGUUCUUCACCAAAUUCUCAGACUGCUCGCCCUGGGCAUGGAGAUUCCCGAGGAGACGUUCGUCAAGAUGCAUGGUUUUGGCGCUGCUGGGGACUCUCACGUUCGUUGGAUCAAGUAUUACCCAUUGACAGAAGAAGAUGAGGUCAAGACGAAUCAUGUGUGGCUCAGGGGACAUACAGAUGCCGGAACGGUGACAAUCCUGUACAGUCAGCCAAUUGCAGCACUUCAGAUCCAAUCUCCAGACACGAAAUGGCGAUGGAUCAAACAUAUCGACAAUGCCCUAGUGGUCAACAUAGGGACAUCGAUGGAAAUUCUCUCCGGUGGCUUCUACAAAGCGACGAUCCAUCGUGUCGUACAGCCACCCGCUGAUCAGCGCGGCCUGAUCCGUCUGGGGAUGUAUUACUUUGCUCUCGCCGACGACGAUGUCAAACUCGCACCGGUCGAAAGUUCUGUAUUGAAGCAGGAAGGCGAGCCGAGCGGCUCCGAGUCUGGGACUACGCUUACUAUGGGCGAGUUUCGGAAGAUGCGUUACAGGGCGUUCGGUCUGAAGGAGGCGAAGCGCACGGACACGGGGAAGGAAGAGCAUAUCAUCGUUAAUGGCGUCGUUGUCGUGAAGUACUAUAAUUGA